AGGUGGGUCGCAUCUGUCAAAAUUGAUUUUUUUUCAAAAAUUUCCAAACGCCUCUCUAUUUAUGCAACAGUGUAGAUAACUCGAUGUUUUUGACUCCUAGGCAGAGUAUACAAAGAUGGGGAAUAAAGUAGCAAUAUUUUCGGAAGAACAGUUGGACGCAUAUCAGGCCUACUUUUUUUCAGGACUGUACAUUCUUCACACGAAAAGAGAUUUUAAGGAUAUAUGACCGUUUUAAGACUCUAUCACCAGAUAUUGUUCCUAAUGAUAUGAAUGGCCACCAGACACAUACAGUGAAGAUACCAUGCAAUACAUUGCUGUCUAUGUCUGAGAUAAAGACCAACCCUUUUAAUAGACGGAUCUGUGAGGUUUUCUCUGAGGAUGGCACUGGCAAUAUGUCUUUUGACGAUUUUCUGGACAUGUUCUCUGUCUUCAGUGAAUCUGCCCCCAGAGAUGUGAAAGCUGUGUAUGCAUUUAGAAUAUAUGACUUUGACGGAGACAGUCACAUUGGGAAGUCUGACCUAGAGAGGACAUUAUACUGCCUUACACAGAAUGAACUUAGCAGGGAUGAAGUUGAACUAGUCUGUGAAAAGGUGUUUGAGGAGGCAGAUCUGGAUGAUGACGGCCAGUUAUCUUACAUGGAGUUUGAGCACGUCAUCUCACGAGCACCAGAUUUCAUCAGUAACUUCCAUAUUAGAAUCUAACUCCAGACAUUACUCAAGAUAGAUGUCGUAUAUUCAGGAACAAUAUAUUGUGAUAAAUGACUAGCAAGAAAGAUGGCAGCACAUGAAAUACAACAUACGAUAUGAAUGCUCCAAAGUCAGACGAUUUUAGUGACCAACAAUUAAUAUUAGUGAAUGCAGAAUUCUUCAUUCUAAAAUGUGGAGAAUCAAUCUUUAAAGAUCUCUUUUUUUCUUUAAAUGCAGAGUGUUUGUCUAUGAAGAAUGAAGAUUCCUCCAUUUUAAAAUGAGGAGAGUUUCUCUCGAGUUGUUCAAGAAUGUGGUUUGUUCCAUCCAUGAAAUAAAUCGGUGAUCUCAUAUUUGUCAUAUCCCUUAAUAUGAAUUAAAAAAUAUAGAUUUGUCCCUUGUUUUGCAAUGAUAUGGCAAAAAGAACAGGGUAA